GACACGCCGUCCAAACCAACCACACAGCGACGGCCAGCACACUCUCGGCUACUGUGCUAUCGUGAUCGGGGGUUUCGGGUAUCGUUGGAACUUGCACCAGAACCGCGACUGCAACUGCAACUGCAGUGCGUCCCUCAAACAACUCAGGGAGCCAACAAGGAUCUCGCUCUCCACCCCUCACCCCGUCUCCGCCAAUACUGCACUACCUUGCAGCAAAGUACCGUGCCGCAUCGGUGACAGCCAGGGAUGUUCAAGUGGCCCCAGGCCAACGACACCUUUUUGUCGUCUUCGAGCACGGCCCGCUCUCUUAUCGCCCUCUCAUCCUUAUGCACCAGAGGCCAUCGUUAUUCUCCCCUCCCCCCAAAAAGAAAAAGACAGAGAAAAGAAGAAGGAAAAAGCCCUGUUUCGGGUCACAUCAUCUCGUGAAACUUAUUGACAUCACCGACUCUGGUCUCGAAUCGCUCACACCCCACAUGAAGAUUUCGCAUGAGGUGGGAGGCGAAGCUCAAAAGGCAAAGGCAGAGAGGUGCUCGCUGUGCCUGGCGACUAACAUAGAUGGCGCAACCCCCUUCACCAGAACCCUCCAAGACAUCUUGUCUUACCAGCUAGCCAGCCACACGCAUGCAAGUGCCCGUCUGGUGCCCCAAAGCGGCAAUCCGAACUGGGUCCCGCGUCUUCGGAGCCGUCAUCCAUUCUCCGCCGAUCAGCUUCUUCUUCUUCUUCUUCGUCAGAGAGAGAGAGAGAGAGAGAGAGAGUCUCGGCUUCCACCCUCGACUACACAAUCCAUUGUACUGUCUACCGAUGCGGAUUGGUUACAAGUGCCUGAUCUUCUAUAGGUUCACCAUGCUCCUGCCGGGGGGGCUCCAAGCCUGGAGCAAACACCCCGAAGGGAUAGUCAGCAAAUAGUUAUCUGCAUCCCGGCUAAUCUUCACGCUUUGGUUCUCCCUUGCAUGCAACACUAAGGCCCCAUUUCCCC